GCAUUCGGUGUCAAUGCCGUGAACGAAUACUCUGCAACGCAGGGCCGCCACCCCAAAAAAAAGAGAAAUACAAGAACCCCAGCAGUAACAACAACAAUAACUGAAAAGCUGCCAACAGUGCAGCGUGUCAAUAUUAAUGUAACCACAGGUGAUCGCGAUAAAAGAUGUCACAAAGCAGUAAGAAGGACGGCGCUAGACAGCGCAGACACGAUGAAGGGAACAAAGGGCAAAGGAAACAAGCACCAAAUGGCAGUGCUAAGGGCGAAGGUGGCUCUUUAUUAACAGAUAGUAACAGCAAAAUGCCUCAAAGUAACAACAGUAAAAAUCAGUUAAAUAAGAAAGAUAAACAGCAAAAAGACAAAGAGCGCAAUGAACGUGUUAAGUUCGUUCUCUGGCGACGUCCUCUACAGACGCUUAUGUACUGUGCCCUCGAACUGAUUGAAUUGCUGCGCACAUGGAGCAUCAGACUAUUGAAGCAACGCCUGCUGAUGGCCGCUAUAUUAGUAUUAGGCAUUUUAAUUAGUUUUUUGUAUAAACAAGAUGGUCCACAUCAAGCUUACAUUGAGCUGGUGCAUAAAAACACUUGGUUCUUUGUCUACUGGAUUGGUCUGGGAGUGCUCUCAUCAGUUGGCCUGGGCACUGGACUGCAUACCUUUCUGCUUUACUUGGGUCCACACAUAGCCAGCGUUACUCUGGCUGCCUAUGAGUGCAACUCAUUGGAUUUUCCCAGUCCGCCAUAUCCAGACGAAAUUGUUUGUCCAGCGGAACCAUAUGCGAAGCAAGUACCCAACAUUUGGUCCAUUAUGACCAAGGUGCGCUUGGAGGCCUUUCUGUGGGGAUUGGGCACAGCUUUGGGUGAAUUGCCACCUUACUUUAUGGCCAAGGCAGCACGUCUAUCCGGCUAUGAUUCGGAUGACUCCGAGGAGCUGGCGGAAUUCGAGGCGCUCAAUGCAAAGCGCAAUAAGAAGAAUCUGAGCCUCAUAGACAAAGCUAAAUUGCGCAUGGAGCGCAUUGUAGAGCGUGUUGGUUUCUUCGGCAUUUUAGCCUGUGCAAGCAUACCCAAUCCGUUGUUCGACUUGGCCGGCAUAACCUGCGGGCACUUUAUGGUGCCUUUCUGGACAUUCUUUGGUGCCACAUUCAUAGGCAAGGCUAUUGUCAAAAUGCACAUUCAGAAAAUGUUUGUAAUUAUUGGCUUCAACGAACCGUUGAUUGAGAGUGCCGUGGAUAAGCUGCGCUUGCUGCCAUACUUGGGUCCCAAACUCCAGCAGCCGUUCAAGACAUUAUUGCAGGACCAAAAAACACGUCUGCAUCGCAAGAAGGGCUCCAACAUUCCACGCACUGGCUCGGGCAACCUUCUGUCCACCAUCUUUGACACCUUUGUCAUGCUCAUGAUCUGCUAUUUUGUCGUCUCGCUGGUCAACUCCCUGGCGCAGAGCUACCACAAGCGUCUGUGUAAGAAGAAUCGGGCUGCCGCUACGUCUUGGGCAGCACAGGAAAAGUCGCCCAAUGAGCCGGUUAGAAAGCAGGGCAAGUCAAGAGCCAUGCGGGACUAGAUCUGCAUUGCGUCUAGCCACUGGCCGCCACUUGAUCCAAAAUUGUAUGUGCUGAAAGCAGAGUUUGCAUUGUUGAGUGUGCAAUGCUUUUUCUUUGUUUGUUUUAUUUAAUAUAAUUUAAUUAAAUUUUUUUCGUUUAUCUUAGCUCAAAAUAAGCAGGCUCAGUUGCAAGCUUAUUGUUAGGUCUGCUGAACUAAAUUAAAUCAAUUGAAAACAUCAAAUUUAAAUUUAUGUAUGCUGCUUGGAACAUACCGUAGUCUAGAUUAGUUAAAACAAAUCUAUAAAUUAAACAUGCAAUUGUAAUAAAUGCUAAACGAAUGAAUGAAAAGCAUAAUUAGCAAGCCAGUAUAUACAUAUAUACCUUUAUGAAUAGAAAAUUUUGCUUUUAAUAGCCAUAUAAUUUAAUUGCUUAUAUGUUCGUUGUAUUGUGUUUCAUUUAGUUUCGCAUUUGCAAUGUAAGAGAUUAAAUGCGUGAGGGGGCGACCUUAACGUUAAGCAUAUGUGUGUUGUAUAGAAAUUUGAUAAUGAUAAACAAAGACAUUGAGAAUAAAACAUA